CCAGGUCGGCCAGCUGACCCACUUGUCAAACCACCUCAACACCAACGCACUGCAUGUGUCACCCACUUCCAUGUCAAGCACAGAGAGGACGUAGCUGAGGAGUGAAGCGGUUCUACAUUUUGGAUUAACCGUUUUCUUAACCAAGGAUACAGACUGAGACAGACAGAAUGGGCUGCAUGAAAUCCACGCUAAAUCAAGGUCUGAGCGGAGGUGUGGACCAAAAAAUGGGUCAACAUGCUGUCCAUUCUGAACAGUCACGCUAUGUUAGAGACCCCACCUUUAAUCCAAAAGUCAACAAGAAUAACUCACUGUUACCGGGUCAGGUGUUCCAAAAAAUGGAGGAACAAAAGGGGGUGGGUAAAAUAGUGAUUGCCCUUUUCCCAUAUGAAGCUACACAUCCCGAUGACUUAGGAUUCAAGAAGGGAGAAAAGAUGAAAAUUCUAGAAGAACAUGGUGAGUGGUGGAAAGCAAAGUCUCUGGUAAACGACAAAGAGGGAUUCAUCCCGUCCAACUAUGUGGCCCAAGCUGACACCAUGGAGACAGAGGAUUGGUUUUUCAAGGACAUCACAAGGAAGGAUGCAGAGAGGCAGCUGCUGGCACCAGCGAACAAGCCAGGCGCUUAUCUAAUCAGAGAAAGUGAAACAUCAAAAGGGAGUUACUCGUUGUCCAUCAGAGAUGUGGACGCCCAGGGAACAGACUCAGUGAAACAUUACAAGAUCAGGAUGCUGGAUAAUGGCGGCUGCUACAUCUCUCCUAAAAUCUCCUUUCGGGAUAUUAGCAGCAUGAUUAAACACUAUCACAACAAACCGGAUGGCCUGUGCCGUAAACUUGAGCGUCCUUGUGCAAAACCCAAAGCUCAGAAACCUUGGGAUAAGGAUGCCUGGGAGAUAUCCAAAGACUCUAUUAAGAUGGUGAAGAAACUUGGAGCAGGCCAGUUUGGAGAAGUCUGGAUGGCAUACUACAACAACACAACCAAAGUGGCAGUGAAGACGCUGAAGCCGGGAACCAUGACGGUUGAAGCUUUUUUGGACGAAGCCAACGUGAUGAAGACUCUGCAGCACGACAGGCUGGUGCGGCUCUACGCUGUUGUCACCAAGACAGAACCCAUCUACAUCAUCACUGAAUUCAUGGCAAACGGGAGCCUGCUAGACUUUUUAAAGAGCGACACAGGAUGCAGACUGCUGCUGCCCAAGCUCAUUGAUUUCUCUGCACAGAUAGCAGAGGGCAUGGCGUACAUUGAGAAGAAGAAUUAUAUUCACAGAGACCUCAGGGCGGCUAAUGUCCUGGUGUCUGAGAGCCUGCUCUGUAAAAUAGCAGAUUUUGGUUUGGCGAGAAUCAUUGAGGAUAACGAGUACUCUGCCAGAGAGGGAGCCAAAUUCCCCAUCAAGUGGACUGCUCCAGAGGCUAUUAACUAUGGCACCUUCACCAUCAAAUCUGACAUGUGGUCAUUCGGAGUCCUGCUCUAUGAGAUUAUCACCUAUGGGAAAAUCCCUUACCCAGGCAUGACUAAAGGAGAGGUGAUGUCCUCGAUACAGCGCGGCUACAGGAUGCCUCGGCCCGACAACUGUCCCACUGAGCUGUACGAUAUCAUGAUGUCCUGUUGGAAGAACAGACCUGAAGACAGGCCUACAUUUGACUACCUACAGAGUGUCCUGGAUGACUUCUACACCGCCACAGAGGGACAGUACCAGCAACAGCCGUAGAUGGAGACAAAACUGGAGAGACUUUUGGCACAUAAUGCAAGCAGCUUGUAAAUAGCUUUAUGUUUGGACCUACUGGAGAUAUGUGAUUGUAUUUUCUAUGUUUAUAUUCAUGUAUAUAUGAUACAUUCUGCAGUAAGCUGUGUGAUAUAUUCACAGUGGACAAAAUAUAGUUUGCAUGUUCCAGAAUAUAGUUUACUGCAGAUUUUCAGGGUGUGUAAAUAUGAGGUUUUGUGCAGUUAAGCCUCGGUGAUCUGGAGAAAUUUUACAGAAGUAAAAUUGUAUCAUAUUAUUUUUACUUUUGACACUGGAGUCUUGUUAAUAAGUGUUUCAAUAAUUAGGGUGUUUGUGAGAGUUACUGAACAAACAGCAGGCAUUAUACAAAGAAUUUGUGAAGCAAUAAUAUUUGAUUUUUCAUAAAUUUUAAUUACUUUACAAGAAGAAAUGGUAAAUGAAUAUACACAUGUUGACUCAGCCAUACCACUCUCUUCAAAAAUAUUUACAUGACGAUUAUGAUUACUUUGCAUUUUUAUUUUAGCAUGAGAACUUACGUCUUCACAAGCUGCUCUUACUAAAUUUUUCUUGUUUUGUGGGCAGGGAUAGCUCAGUAGGUAGAGUUGUGGCCCCAUGAUCGGAAGGUC